AUGCCACAGAGCGGUAUCCUGGAGCUGUUGUUCAUCGAGCAGACGCUGCAGAGGGAAAAUGGGGAUCGACGACGUCAACUUUUGCUGUCUCUUGGACGUCGCCGUGAACCAGCGAAAAGCGUGUCACAUGACCAUCUCGGGUGCCUGUCAAAACAUGUCACUGUGUCCCCCCAUUCUUUCAGGCCCUGGCACGUCGUUCGUUCAGCCAGUGAAAAAGCAGCCCAUAGGGGCCAUGGCGAGCAGAAACAGAAAAAGGCCGAAGCUGGAGGAGUAAAAGAAGCUGCCGCGGCGGGAGAAGGGCGGAAGGCUGCAGAGAGAGAGAGAGAGAGAGACGGAGAGGAACUACUUACAAGUAUUGGAAGUGUAAAGGCCGCCUUUUAUUUCUUCUCCGUCAACUUCAACUUCAACUUCAACUUCUCUUAUUCUCCUCCUCCUCCUCUUUCUCCCGCACCACGAAGCGCUCUCUGCCUCUUCAUCUCCUUCUUCUCUCUUCCUCUCUCUUCUCCUUGCUUUUUCUUUACCCGCCCUGUCUCCUUGUUCCUCCGUGUUUCCGUGUUUCCUAGCUGCGUGUUGUCCUUCUGUAGCUUCGUCUCCUACUUCUUUCUCUCAGUCCUGCUAUCUCUCUUAACUCUCUCUUCUCUUCUCUUCUCUUUGCUCUCUCUGGGCUCUCUCUACAUCUCUCUAUCUCCUCGGCCCGUCUUCUAG